GGAAGCUCUGCUAUUGCAGCCCCUCCUCCGAACCCUGUCAUGGCUGCGUCCAGGGUGCAAGCUGAGGUGAGGAAACGCGAUGCUGGGCUUUUUGUCCGCGCGACAAGCGGGUUUGGAAGACCCUCUGCGCUUCCAGAGAACGGAGUCCACACGGAGGGUUUUGGGACUGGAGUUAAACAAAGACAGAGAUAUUGAAAGAAUCCAUGGAAGUGGAGUUAACACCCUUGACAUUGAACCUGUUGAAGGGAGAUACAUGUUAUCAGGUGGUUCAGAUGGUGUGAUUGUACUUUAUGACCUUGAGAACUCCAGCAGACAACUUUAUUACACAUGUAAAGCAGUGUGUUCCAUCGGCAGAAACCAUCCUGAUGUUCACAAGUACAGUGUGGAGACUGUUCAGUGGUAUCCUCAUGACACUGGAAUGUUCACAUCAAGUUCAUUUGAUAAAACUCUGAAAGUAUGGGACACAAAUACAUUACAAACUGCAGAUGUAUUUAAUUUUGAAGAAACAGUUUAUAGUCAUCAUAUGUCUCCAGUUGCGACCAAGCACUGUUUGGUAGCAGUUGGUACUAGAGGACCCAAAGUAAAACUUUGUGACUUAAAGUCUGGAUCCUGUUCUCAUAUUCUGCAGGGUCACAGACAGGAAAUCUUGGCAGUUUCCUGGUCACCACGUUAUGAGUAUAUCUUGGCUACUGCAAGUGCUGACAGUAGAGUAAAAUUAUGGGAUGUGAGGAGAGCUUCAGGAUGUUUGAUUAAUCUUGAUCAGCAUAAUGGGAAAAAGUCACAAGCUGCUGAAUCAGCAAACACUGCUCAUAAUGGGAAAGUUAAUGGCUUAUGUUUUACAAGUGAUGGGCUUCAUCUCCUCACUGUUGGUACAGAUAAUCGAAUGAGGCUCUGGAAUAGUUCCAAUGGAGAAAACACACUAGUGAAUUAUGGAAAAGUUUGUAACGACAGCAGAAAAGGAUUGAAAUUCACUGUCUCCUGCGGCUGCAGUUCAGAAUUUGUUUUUGUGCCAUAUGGUAGCACCAUUGCUGUUUAUACAGUUUACUCAGGAGAACAGAUAACUAUGCUUAAGGGACAUUAUAAAAAUGUUGACUGCUGUGUAUUUCAAUCUAAUUUCCAGGAACUUUAUAGUGGUAGCAGAGACUGCAAUAUUCUUGCUUGGGUACCAUCCUUAUAUGAACCAGUUCCCGAUGAUGAUGAGAAUACAACCAAAUUGCAGUUAAAUCCAGCUUUUGAAGAUGCCUGGAGCAGCAGUGAUGAGGAAGGAUGAAUAUCAACCUUUUUGUCUCUACUGAUGAAACUUUUGAAACAGCACUGUUUGUGUGAGAUUUUUUUUAACUGUUCAGUUACUGACAAUUAAAUUAGCUUCAAAUUUGGAUGAUAGUUUUUCCUCAUUUUUUAAAAUGAGGUUACCAUUUGUAUAAAGUCCUGAAACAGUCUUCCAUACCCGUUUAUUUAAUCAGAAUUUGGCUAUUUAAUCUCAGUUGCUGUGGCCAGGAGCAGCCACUGUUGCUACAAUACAAUAGCAGAAGUUGUAUCUGAGGUGAGAUUGUAACAGAUUGUCAAACCUGUGUAAAAUUCUUUCUUAUUGAUAUAUUCAUAUUUUGCUAUGAUUUUAUUUAACUGUGGAUCAUCUAGCUUUAUGUUAAACAGUUUUGGACUUAUUAUCUCCUGCCAUCCAAACAGUACAUCACAGGAGGCUUUUAACUGGUGACAUCUCAUGUUUGCUUGAAGUCAGAAGCAGCUUGUACGCUCAAGCUUAAACUCCUUUCUAUGAAACUAGCUAAGAUUUACCAUGUCCUGCCUCAUUCAUCCAAGCAAAAAAUGUCCCAGGAGGGAAUCUGGCUUAAACAUAAAAUGUUAUCAUAAAAUUUCUAUUUUAUUCUCCCUUUUUCCUGUGUCAACCCACAAAUGAUAUUAUUAUGAAGCUAACUUUUCUUUUAAAAAAAAAAAUUGCUGGGGAUUAAACCCAAGGACUCACACAUGUUGGUUAAGUACUUUAUCAGUGAGCAUCCCCAGCCUCUAUGAAGCUAAUCUUAUAUUUUCUUUCUUCCUGAUUCUUUAACCAGCAGGAGACUAGAAAAAGAGGUUUUUGUGAACUUGGAUACUAAGUUCAUGCUUAUUUUUCAGUGUGUUGAGUUUUUAAAGUAUAUAACUGUUAGACCUCAUGUCAGACCUUUCUGGUCAAAUAUUUUCCAUACAAGAGUUUUCUGAAACCCAGAGUAUUCUACUUUCACUUUUCUCCCCUCCUGAUGGGGAUGCUUUUGACCUUUGAGAAAGGUAUUAAAAUAGGAUUUUUUUUUUAAUUUUAAGAAAAAAUAAGUCUUCUAAACUGUAAAGAAUUGUAUUGCUUCUUUCUAGUUAUCUAAAUAUAUGUAUUCAUUGUAAAUAAUUCAGACAACAUAAAAACUUAAAAAAGAAUGUAAUGGGGGCCUGGGGGUUGUAGCUCAGUGGUAAAGUACUUUCGAGGCACUGGGUUUGAUUCUCAACGCCACAUAUUAAUAAAAUAAAGAUUCAUUGACAACAACAAAAAAAGAAAGAAAGAAAGUAAUGGCCACCUAGAAUCAAUACUCUAAGGUAACCAUCACUAACAUUUUGAUAGCUAUUCUCCAUGCAUCUCUCUAUGACACAGUUUUACAUAGUCGGAUGUUCAGCAUGCCAGUGUUAUCAUAGAAACUCCUUUCUUCUAACUAGAGUACUUCUUUCUUCAUCUCUUACCCCUCUUGCCACAAUCCAGGUUAUUAACCUGGUGUGUGUUCUUUCAUAUUACAAUCUUAUAUAGACCUAAAGAGAAAUGUGGGUUUGUAUUUUUAAUUUUAUAAAAAUGAGAUAGACAUAGUUCUUUUUCUUUUUUUUUAGAUACAACUCUUAUACAUCCCUCCAUGCCAUCUUUGUAUAAAGAAGCCAUUCUUGUUACUAACUGCAUAAUGUUCCAUCUUAUGAUUAUGCCACAGUUUUUUUCCAGUCAUUCUUGAGAACAGUAUAGAUUAUGAACUGCACCAUAUUUUCCUUAGGUGGUGUUGUGGUUUGGGUAUAAACUGUCCCCCAAAGACUCAUGUGUUGAAGGCUUGGUCCCUGGCGCAGCAAUGUUCACAGGUGGGGCUUUUGAGAAUUGAUUGGAUUGUGAGGGCUCUGGCCUCAUCUGUGAUUAAGCCACUGAUUCAUAUUUGAUGGAAGGAAUAAAAACUUUAGAUGAUGGCACCUCAUUGAGGAAAGAAGAUCCCAGGGGUCAUGUCCUUAAGGAGUAUAUCUUAUCCCUUUAUUCCCACUUCUUUGUGCUUCCUGGCUGGUCAGCAUCAGCUUUCAUCUCCUACACUCUCCCACUAUGAUGUUCUGCCUCACCUUAGUCCCAAAGCAGCAGAACCAUCUUACCAUAGACAGAUCUCUGAAACUGUGAACCAAAAUAAAUCUUUCUUCCUUCAAGUUGCUUUUCUCUAAUAUUUGUCACAGUAGAGAAAAGGUAACUACCAUAGGUGGUCUAUUUGGGCAGUACAGUUUACUUACUGAAUAUUAUCUUUUCCUCUGGUAGAGGAAAUGGUACUUUUGCUAUGUGUAGGAUUCUUGGGUUGUAGUCCUUUUCUCUCCUUAGUUUAUAAAUAUUGUGUACUCUUUCUUCUAACUUCUCAUGUUGCAGAUGAGAAUCCCAAAGCCAGUUUUAUUUAUUUAUUUCCCCCUUUGUAGGGAACUCAUUCUUUAUAGUGGAAGCUUGUAAAAUGUGAGGUUUUUUUUUUUUUUUUUCCUUAUUCUUACAAUCUUUCAAUUUUGUCAGAAUAUCUGAUCCUUUAUCCCUCUCCCUCCCUCCCUCUUCCCACCUCCCAUCACUUCUUGGACUACUGAGCUCUUUCAUCUUUCAGUCUAAAGGCUCAAACUGUUUCUUGGCUUAGGCUAUUUUCUUCUAAUACUUGUCUGAUUAAAUUGCUUCUCCUUGUAGUUGUCAUUGUUAUCAUCCUCCUCUCCAUUUUUUUUCUGCCUCUUCUUCCUCUUCCUUUUCUUCCUCCUCCAUAAUAAUUACAUGUAACAUCUACAUUAACCUUUUAUACUCUUUUCCUUCCUGCUUGUCUUUUGUGGUAUUAUUGUUGUGACUAGAGUACCCCACAUAUAAUAGGUGCUCAGUGAGUACUUGUUUUGUUGUUUCUGUUCUUUACUUGAAUGUUUAUGCUUGAUUUUAAAAGUCAUAAUUUGGGCUUGACUGGUCAUCAGGAGAGACUUCAAUUAUUGUUUUGUUCCCUUCUCUACCCUAAACACUUAUUUUUUUAAAAGCACUUAUAGAGAAAUAUGGGAGGUCUACAGAAGCUUCUACUUGAAACUUUAAAUAGUAUUUGUUCAGUUGAUGUUUUCCAAGGCCUAUUCACAGUAGAUAUCAAGGAACCUAUCAUGAAAGCAGUAUUUGCUUAAAACUCGUCUGCAGUGUCUUGAACAUUUUACAUAUUUUUCUUCCACACUGUCUUACUAAUAGUAUGCAUCUUUUAGUCACAUAAAAUAUUUCUAUCCUGUUGUAUGUCAAAGAAUACUCAUGCCAGUUUUUUUACUUCAUCUCAACUUGACCCUAGUUUUAACUAAAGUCGUUCAUGCUACAACUAUGAAACACUUAGUUUUCAAAAACAUAGAAAUAAUAAAUGUACAUGUUGUAUUGACAUAGCCCUAAACCUGUUAAUCAGCAAACCUAAAAGUAGUGUCAUUGAAAGUUUUGACCUCUCUGACACUUGAUACCAAGCCUUUACUUUAUAAUUGAUUAAAAAAACAUUAAAACUGUUUGCUUCAAGUUAAGCUUUCCUUUUGCAUUGGUUAUACUAAAAGGUUCCAUUAAACUAGAUUAAAAAAAAAAUAGAGAAAGCUUUGAAAACAAACCCUUAAAUUAUACCAAUUAUGAGAAUACAAAUAACUUUAAAAUGAUGACUUUUCAUUAAGGAAGAAAAAAGUAUAUAGAGUUCACUAUUGAUGAGACACCAGAAAACAAAAACCUUUAGCUAUCUUAUUUUAAAAUUUGAAUAAGACAGUGAUAGAAAAAGUUUAUAUCAACAGACUAGUCCAAAUUAUCUUUCAAAGAUAAAUUACUGCCUCAAAAUGGAAAGAAAAAUCCCCAAUUAUAUGUUGAAAUAAGGGUUGCAUAGUUUUAACUUAAAAAUAUUUAAUUACUGUUCAGUAAUAUAUUAGUACUCAGUUAUUCCUAUUAAGUGAUACAAGUAUAGAAGACUAGAAAAGCCUCAGCAAUUUAACAAGGUCCUAAGCAAUUUAGUAAGAUCCUGUCUCAAAUAAAAAGGUCUGGGAAUGUGGCUCAGUGGUAAAGUAGCCCUGGGUUAAAUCCACAGUAACCCCCUCAAAAACCAAACAACAACAUAAAAGAAAAAUUGUCCACAAGGGUUUAUAAUUUAGUUGGAUAGUCAAUGAUAAAUAUCAGAACAUACAGGUUACAUCUAAGAUGUCUUCCAAAGUGCAGUUCCCUCAACAACUACAUCAGAAUUAUAUUGGAUAUACACCCACAGGAAUAGCAUCCUAAUUAGAAUAAAGUUGUACUCUAUGUAUAUAACAUGCCAAAAUAUACUCUAUUGUCAUGUAUAUCUAAAAAGAACACAUUUUUUUAAAAGGAAUUAUAUUGGAUAUGUUAAGAUACAAAUUCCUUGGCUCACUCCAAACCUACUAAGUCAGCAUCUUUGAAAAUAUAUUUCCAGGAGCCCUCGUUUUAACAUCCCAGUGAUUCUGACUAAAGUUUGAGAAUCAGUGACAAAAUUAAAUCCAUAAGAGACAGACAUAGAGUAAGAAGUAGCUGGUAAGGACUCAGUCUUCUCUCAAAGAAUGGAAACUAUUAAAAAGAAAUAAAAUGGUAAUUAUUCACAGGGUUAUCAUCAUCUCAAGAGAAAUCAAACUCAAGACAUAACUGCUAAAAGGAGAGUUCAGUAAAGACAAAGGAUACACUACACAAAAAUUAGAAACAUUUUAAUAUUUGUAAUUAUAAAAUGUAACCUUAAAAAUACAUAUACAAUUGAUAGCAGUAGAAAUAAUUAUGAGGUUCCUAAGAAUAAGCCUAAUAAAAUAUGAGAAAUAUACAGAGAAAAUUUAAAUUUUAUUGAAGAAGACAAUAUACAUAAAUAUAGAAGUAAUGUGUUUAUUAUAAAAAAGUGGCAAAUUAUCCCUAGAUGACUUUAUGUUAUUAUUAUUAUUAUUUAUUUUUUUGGUACUGAGGAUGGAACUCAGAGGCAGUUAAUCACCAAGCCACAUCCCUGGCCCUUUUUUGUUUUAGCUAUAGUUGAACACAAUACCUUUAUUUAUUUUUAUGUGGUGCUGAGGAUCGAACCCAGGGUGCGUACAUGCUAGGUGAGUGUUCUGCUGCUGAGCCACAACCCCAGCCCAUCCCUGGCCCUUUUUAUUUUUUAUUUUGAGACAGGGUCUUGCUCAGUUGCUGAGGCUGGCCUCAAACUUCUGAUCCUCCUGCGUCACUGGUAUUACAGGCAUGUUCCCGGGCAUGCCCAGCUCUUAGAUAACUUUAAGGCAAUUAAAAUCAAAAUUCUACCUUAGUUUUAUGUAGAAAAAAGGAAAUAAAACUGGUUUGUAGAAAAAUUGUAUGUAGAAGGCCUUAUGCUAUAGCUCAGCGGUACAGCACUUGCUUAGAAUGUGCGACAUCUUGAGUUUCAUCCCCAGGACUGUAACAUCAAAAAAUCAAAAAGAAAGAAAAAGUAGGUAGAAGCUGGGCAUGCUGGUGCACACCUGUGAUCUCAACAACUUGGGAAGCUGAGGUAAGAGGAUCACAAGUUCAAAGCCAGUCUCAGCAAUUUAGUGAGACCCUGUCUCAAAAAAUAAAAAGGGCUGGGGAUGUAACUCAGUGUUAAAGAGCCACUGGGUUCAAUCCCUAGUAGUAAAUUAUUUUAAUUAAAUGAAUAAAUUAAUAAACUGUUCAUAGAAUAGUAAAAGAGAAUGGAAACUCAAGACAAGAAAAAUAGAGAAAGGAAUGAAUUCAAGAGCUUAGACACAGAAGCACUUGCCUGGGGAUCUUUUUUUUUUUUUUUUUUUAUUGCUUUUUUAACCAUAAUGGAAUUUUUCUUUCUUUUUUUUUUGAAAGAGGAGGGACACCUGAAACUCAUCACAGCAAAGGGCUAACUCCCCUAUGACCUUCAUUGAGGCCUCUCAGAAUUUGACAGAAAAUAAACAGAGGAUAGAAAUAGUUUACUGAAAUGCAAAUACAAAUGACUUUUUAACAUACAAGACAGCAACUAAUCUCACCAUUAUGUUUUAUUAUAAUGCACCAAUAAAAUGUGGAAAAAAGCAUACAGGACAGAUGUUCAGUCUCAUUUACUUUAAGGUGAAUGCAAAUGGAAGCUACUGAAACAUUCUGUAUUUAUUAAGAUGACAAACAUCCAAACACUUGAUAACACACUGUGUUGGUAAGGCUUUGGGGGAAAAUGACACUUUUGAAUAUUGUUGGCAGAGUGUAAAUUAAUGCAACUCUAUAUGGAAGGCACUUUUUUGCAAUAGCUAUCAAAAAUCACAAAUAUCCUGUGAACAAACAGAUAUCAGUGUGCAAAGUAAUUCAUUGUAGCACUGUGUCUAGUUAAGAGUUUGAAUACUAGAAUCUAAUAGCCUGGUUUUCAAUCCCAAUUCUAAUGCUAGCAUUGUGUCCUUGGGUAAAUUAUAAAAUCAUCUGUGCCUCAAUUCCUUUAUCAGCAAAAUGGAGGCAAAAAUAUCAUCCACCUCUUUGAGUUGGAGGGAGAAUUAAAUGAGUUAAUCUUUGUAAGCAGUAUUUACAAAAGUACCUGGCCCUUCGAUGCCUGUUUUAGCUAUUGUUUUUAACAUCAAAAGACUGUAAUGUAAAUAUUUACCAACAGGGAACUGAUUAAAUAAUAUGGCAGAUUUAUACAAUAUAGACGUAAAAGAUGAAUAAAUGUAGUUUUAUGAAAGUACCUCUAAGAUAUAUUUAGUGGGGGAAAAAGCGAGGAAUAUGGACAAUAUGUAAAGUAUUAUAGUAUUUGUUUGGGAGUUUUGUUUGUUUGUUUCAUUUUAUUUUAUUUGGUACUAGGGUGUGAACCCAGGGGCACUUUAUCACUGAGCUACAUCCCCAGAACUUUUUUUUAUUUUUUGAGUCAGGGUCUCACUAAAUUGCUCAGGCUGGCCUCAAACUUGUGAUUCUCCUAUCUCAGUCUCAGGGGUUUCUGGGAGUAUAGGCAUGUGCCAUGAGCCAUACAUAUUCUAUUUGUAUGAAAAAAAGAGAAAGAGAGAGACUAGCAGAAUAUGUUGUUUUAUAUAUGUAUUACAGAAAACUCUGGAAGGAUACUGGAAAGGCCUGAUAGGACAAAAGACAGAAAGGGGAAUUUUUCACUAUAUACGUUUUUAUAUGAAAGGCAUGUGCAUAUAUUACCUGUUUAAAAACUAUAUAUACCCCCACUCCCACACACACACACACACACACAGAGGGGAUUUAACCCAGGAGCACUUUACCACUGAGCUACAUUCCCAGCUCCUCCCCUUUUUAAUUUUUAUUAUUAUUUUUAAAUUAUGAGACUGGGCUGGCCUCAAACUUGGGGUCCUCCUGUCUCAACCUCCAGAGUUUCUAGGAUUAUAGAGGCCUGUGUCACCAUUUUCAGCUAAAAAGAAUAAUUUUAAAACAGUUCAGAUGCACUAAAGAUCUGUAUAUCAGAGAAUCUACGAAGUCUGAAAACAUCAAAUGUCAAGGAUUUAUGGAAAUAUGGGCUAGUAUAUAUUGUAGUGGAAGUGUAAACUGAUAUUAUUAAGAAAGCAAGGCAGUUAGUGUUUUGGACUAAAUAUCAGUCCUCCGCAAAUUCAUUUAGUUUACUGAACUGCAAAUACAAAUGACUUUUGGUGGGCCUUUUAGAGAUAAUUAGGCUUAGAUUAGGUCAGGAAAGUAAACCUCACUUCUUGCCAAAUGCAGAGACAUAAGAAGAAGAAUAAAGGGCCAUGGGAAGACACAGUGAGAAAACAGCUAUCUGCAAGCCAAGAAAAGUGUUCUAACCAAAAUUUGACCUUGGAAGCAACCUAACCUUGGAAUUCCAGCCCCCAGAACUAUAAGAAAAUAAAUGUGUAUUGUUUAAGUCACCUAGUAUAUGGCAUUUUGUUGUAGUAUCCAAGCUGAGUCUGGGGCCUUAGUCAUAAGCAGUAGAAAAUAACUCUGGUUGGUUGUUUUUAAACAGAAAAGGAGCUUAGUGAAAAAAAUAUUAAGAUGAUUACAGAAUCUCCAGAAGGACUGGGUAACAACCUUGGGAACAUAGGAGAAAAUGGACUCUGUGUUGACAAACCAGAGCAAGCUUUAAUGCCACUAAACUAGUCUGGGGAGCCAUCUCCACCACAGGAAAACACAACUUUUUUUCUCUCUUUUUUAAUUGAUUUUUUAAAAAAAUAAAUGACAGUGGAAUGCAUUACAAUUCUUAUUACACAUAUAUAGCACAAUUUUUCAUACCUCUGGUUGUGUAUAAAGUAUGUUGAUUCCAAUUCAUGUCUUCAUACGUGUACUUUGGAUAAUGAUGUUUAUCACAUUCCACCAUCCUUACUAACCCCCUACACCCUCCUUUUCCCUUCCACCCCUCUGCCCUAUCUAGAGUUCAUUUAUUCCUCCCAUGCUCCCCCUCCCUACCCCACUAUGAACCAGCCUCCUUAUAUCAUAGAAUACAUUCAGCAUUUGGUUUUUGGGGAUUGGCUAAUUUCACUUAGCAUUAUUUUCUCCAAUGCCAUCCUUUACCUGCAAAUACCAUGAUUUUAUUCUCUUUUAUUGCUGAGUAAAAUUACAUUGUGUAUAUAUGCCACAUUUUUUUAAUCCAUUCAUCUACUGAAGGGCAUCUAGGUUGGCUCCAAAGUUUAACUAUUGUGAAUUGUGCUGCUAUAAACAUUAAGGUAGCUGUGUCCCUGUAGUAUGCUGUUUUUAAGUCCUUUGGAUAUAGUCUGAGUAGAGUCAUAGCUGGGUCAAAUGGUGGUUCCAUUCCCAGAUUUCCAAGGAAUCUCCAUACUGCUUUCCAUAUUGGCUCCAAUUUGCAGCCCACCAGCAGUAUAUGAGUGUACCUUCCCCACCCCGCCAUCCUCUCCAACACUUACUGUUGUUUGUCUUCAUAAUAGCUGCCAUUCUGACUGGAGUGAGAUGAUAUCUUAGAGUAGUUUUGAUUUGCAUUUCUCUAAUUGCUAGAGAUGAUGAACAUUUUUUAAUAUAUUUGUUGAUUGAUUGUAUAUCCUCUUCUGAGAAGUGUCUGUUCAGGUCCCUGGCCAUUUAUUGAUUGGGUUAUUUGCUGGGUUUUUUGUUGUUGUUGUUGUUGUUUUGUUUGUGCUUAGCAUUUUGAGUUCUUUAUAUACCCUGGGGUUUGUGUUCUAUCUGAUGUGUGAGGGGUAAAAAUUUGCUCCCAGGAUGUAGGCUCUCUGUUCACCUCACAGAUUAUUUCUUUUGCUGAGAAGAAACUUUUUAGUUUGAAUCCAUCUCAUUUAUUGAUUCUUCGUUUUAAUUCUUGCGCUAUAGGAGUCUUAUUAAGGAAAUUGGGGCUUAAUCCCACAUGAUGACGAUUAGGGACUACUUUUCCUCUAUUAGACACAGAGUCUCUGGUUUAAUUCCUAGGCCCUUGACCCACUUUGAGUUGAGUUUUGUGCAUGGUGAGAGAUAGGGAAUUUAAUUUCAUUUUGUUGCAUAUGGAUUUCCAGUUUUCCCGUCAUCAUUUGUUGAAGAUGCUAUCUUUUCUCCAAUGCAUGUUUUUGGCACCUUUGCCUAAUAUAAGAUGAUUGUAAUUUUGUGGGUUAGUCUCCAUGUCCUCUAUUCUGUACCAUUGGUCUACCAGUCUGUUUUGGUGCCAAUACCAUGCUGUUUUUGUUACUAUUGUUCUGUAGUAUAAAGAUCUGGUAUAGCAAUGCAACCUGCUUCACUCUUCUUGCUAAAGAUUGCUUUAGCUAUUCUGGGUCUCUUAUUUUUCCAGAUGAAUUUCAUGAUUGCUUUUUCUAUUUUUAUGAGGAAUGACUUUGGGAAUUUGAUCAGAAUUGCAUUAAAUUUGUACAGUGCUUUUGGUAGUAUAGUCAUUUUGAUAAUAUUAAUUAUGCCUAUCCAAGAGCAAGGUAGAUCUUUCCGUCUUCUAAGGUCUUCUUUAAUUUCUUUCUUUAGGGUUCUGUAGUUUUCAUUGUAUAGAUCUUCCACCUCUUUUGUUAAGUUGAUUCCCAAGGUUUUUUUUUUCUUUUUUUUUUUUUUGAGGUUACUGUAAAUGGGGUAGUUUUCCUCAUUUCCUUCUCAGAGGAUUUGUCACUGAUAUACAGAAAUGCCUUUGAUUUAUGGGUUUUGAUUUUAUAUCCUGCUACUUUGUUGAAUUUAUUUACUAGUUCUAGAAGUUUUCUGGUGGAGCUUUUUGGGUCUUCCAGGUAUAGAAUCAUAUAAUCAGUGAAUAGUGCUAAUUUAAGUUCUUCUUUUCCUAUACAUAUCCCUUUAAUAUAAUUGCUCUGGCCAGUGUUUCAAGAACUAUGUUGAAUAGAAGUGGUGAAAGAGGGCAUCCCUGUCUUGUUCCAGUUUUUAGAGGGAAUGCCUUUAAUUUUUCUCCAUUUAGAAUGGUAUUUGCCCGAGGCUUAGCAUAGAUAGCCUUUAUGAUGUUGAGACAUGUUCCUGUUAUCCCUAGUUUUUCUAGUGUUUUCAACAUGUAAAGGUGCUGUAUUUUGUCAAAUGCUUUUUCUGCAUCCAUUGAGAUAAUCAUAGGAUUCUUUUUUUUUUAAGAGAGAGAGAGAGAUUUUUUUUUUAAUAUUUAUUUGUUAUUUUUCAGCGGACACAACAUCUUUGUUUGUAUGUGGUGCUGAGGAUCCAACCCAGGCCGCAUGCAUGCCAGGCGAAUGCGCUACCACUUGAGCCACAUCCCAGCCCCGAUCAUAGGAUUCUGAAAGUCUAUUGAUGUGAUGAAUUACAUUUAUUGAUUUCUGUAUGUUGAACCAACCUUGCAUUCCUGGGAUGAAUCCCACUUGAUCAUGGUGCACAAUCUUUUCGAUAUGUUUUUGUAUUCGAUUUACCAGAAUUUUAUUGAGAAUUUCUACAUCUAUGUUCAUAAGAAAUAUUGGUCUAAAAUUUUCUUUCUUUGAUGUGUCUUUGCCUGGUUUGGGAUCAGGGUGAUAUUGGCCUCAGAAUGAAUUUGGAAGUGCUCCCUCUUUUUCUAUUCCUGAAAUAAAUUGAAGAGUAUUAGUAUUAGUUCUUCUUUAAAGGUCUUUCCUGUAGAACUCGGUUGUGUAUCCAUCCGGUCCUGGGCUUUUCUUGGUUGGUAACCUUCUGAUGGUGUCUUCUAUUUCCUCACUUGAUAUUGGUCUGUUUAAAUUUUGUAUAUCUUCCUGAUUCAAUAUGGGCAAAUCAUAUGACUUAAGAAAUCUUUCGAUGUCUUCAAUGUCUUCUAUUUUAUUGGAGUAUAAAUUUUCAAAAUAAUUUCUAUUUUUCCUCUGUAUUUCUAUAGUGUCUGUUGUCUGUUGUACCUUUUACAUCAUGUAUUCUGAUAAUUUGAGUUUUCUCUCUCCUUCUCUUUAUUAGCAUAGCUAAGGGUCUAUCAAUUUUAUUUAUUUUUUCAAAGAACCAACUUUUUGUUUUGUCAAUUUUUUCAAUUGUUUCGAUUUCAUUGAUUUCAGCUCUAAUUUUAAUUAUUUCUUGCCUUCUUCUGCUUUUGCUGCUGAUUUGUUCUUCUUUUUCUAGGGCUUUGAGAUGUAAUGUGAGGUCAUUUAUUUGUUGACUUUUUCUUCUUUUAAGGAAUGAAAUCCAUGAAAUGAACUUUCCUCUUAGUACUGCUUUAUAGUGUCCCAGAGAUUUUGAUAUGUUGUGUCUAUGUUCUCAUUUACCUCUAAGAAUCUUUUAAUCUCCUCCUUGAUGUCUUCUGCAACCCAUUGUUCAUUCAGUAGCAUAUUUUUUGGUCUCCAGGUGUUGGAGAAAUUUUUAUUUUUUAUUUUGUCAUUGAUAUCUAGUUUAAUUCCAUUAUGGCCUGAUAAAAUGCAUGGUAGUAUCUCUACUUUUUUGUAUUUGCUAAGAGUUGCUUUAUGGCAUAUUACAUGGUCUAUUUUAAGAAGGAUCCAUGGCAAACCCAACUUCUUUAUGGCACUAGCUUCAACUUCAGAAUCAUGGUUGGGGAAUGGGAGUGGAGGGCUGUCUACCUGAGUAGGAUUCAGCCACAACCAUGUUCUUUGGCUUCCAAAAUGUUUGGCAAAGAAAAUAGCACACAUUUGUAUCUUCUGUAAUGAGAGAUGAGUUCUGCCAUCCACUGCCUUAUAAAUAGGAAUUUCUUCAAACAGAGUAAGAAGACUCAGAUACAGGGCAGCUGAAAAAUAAUAAAUGUCCCUGUAAGAGGACAAUCUGUUUCAUGAUGAGCAAUUUUACUUCUAAGUAUAAACCCAAGAAAUUUUUAUAUAUGUAUUCAAAAAAUUAUUACUUAUAUUCAUUGUCUCUAAAAAGAUAAAACUAGAAAUAACUCCAUUUUGUUCAUUAGCAGGAAAAUGGAUAAAUGGUUUAGUCAUGCAAUAGAAUACGGGAUAGUAAUUAAAUCAAUGAAAAAGAACUAUGGGUAUCCAUAGGAAAAAAUCUUUACAAAGAUUGAAAACAAAGUUGCAGAAUACAGUAUGCUACUAAUUAUAUAAAAUGUAACCAUAUGCAAAAUUCCAGUGUAUAUUGAGAUAGACUUAUGUGUCAUGAAAGUAUGAAAACAUGCAUGGAAUAUGUAGAUGACUUUGAGGGAAUGAAAGAGAUUAAGGUAGUUUGGAACUUUAGCUAUCAUAUUUCUUAAAAAAAAAAAAAAAGCCAAAUUUAGAAAACAUUAGUAGUUGCACCGUGAACAAAGUCAUUGUUUUAGACCUAACUAAAGACAGCUAUUAAUGCAAACUCCCUCUUCCCCCAGUAAGUGCCUGUAACUCUUAAGUUCCCUCCUGUUACUUAAGAGUGAAUGUGUUUUUCUAGAUUUAAGGCCAAAUUCUCUUAACUGUGCACUAAAUCCAGCCCCUCUCACCUACUCAAGUUGUCCUCUUUUCAACAUCAUCAGAUUUUCCUUCUCUACCAAAUUUUCCCCAAAUACAAACAUAGUAUAAAAGUCACAUCUUUAGCUGGGCGUGGUGGCACACACCUGUAAUCCCAACAGCUUGGGAGGCUAAGGCAAUGAAUUCAAAGCCAGCCUCAGCAAAAGCAAGGUGCUAAGCACUAAGUGAGACCCUGUCUCUAAAUAAAAUACAAAAUAGGUCAGGGGAUGUGGCUCAGUGUUUAUUCAAACCACAAAGGAGGAGGGUACAAGGAAUUUCUUAUUUCCUACUUCUUACCAUUUCCUAUUUUCCCCUUUUUUAAAAAAAUAUUUUUUUUAGUUAUAGAUGGACACAAUACUUUUAUUUUUUAAAAUAUGGUGCUGAGGAUUGAACCCAGUGCCUCAUAUGCCAGAUGACUGCACUACCACUGAGCCACAACCCCAGCCCCCCUAUUUCCCCUUUUUACCAUUAGCUCAUUCCUUUGCUUUUUACCACAAAAAUCCUUAGAACUAUCUAAACUUCUCUUCUCCAGUUUCUCUCUUUCCAUUUAUUCUUGAAACUCAUUCCACUCAGGUUUUCACUCCAUUUCUCCAGAACUACUCAAGGGCAACCAAUGAAUUUCAUAUUGUUAAAUCAGUUGUCACUUUCUAGUCCUCUGCUUUUGAUACAUUUGACAUAGGUGAUCACUUCCUUCACCUUGUAACACUUUGGUCUCUUGUUGUGAUAAGAGUCUGGAUUAUUGUUCAUUUUGGAUUAUUCAUUCUAUUUACCCCCCCUCUGUGGGCUGAAUAUAUUUCCUACUCCACUGAUAUUGGACGUGGCUAGGUGACUUACUCUAGUCAAUGGAAGAUAAGCCAACAUGAUGUGAACAGAGGCCUUCAAUAUACUCUGGGAUGUCCAUAUAUGAAUACAUGACCAGUGUAAUUCCACAUUAUGUACAAACACAAGAAUGGGAAGUUAUACUCUGUGUAUUACUCUAUUUAUGUAUAAUAUGUCAAAAUACACUCUACCAUCAUGUAUAACUAAAACAAAUACAAAUAAAAAUUUUAAAAUAUA